AAAAGCUUCUCUAAUCAUCUACCACGCUCCGCUCUACGUUUGCUUCCUCUACAAAGCGAAAGCGAAAGCUUAGCAGCAAAACAAAGUAACAAGGGAUUUCGAUUAUCCUCUCCGAUUCAAUCGAUUUCGAUGAUGCCUAGUGCGAGCUCCGAUCCGCUAGACAAGGACUCGGAGCCUUUCGUGGAGGUGGAUCCGACCGGUAGAUAUGGCCGGUACGACGAGCUCCUGGGCUCAGGCGCCGUGAAGAAGGUCUACAGAGCCUUUGACCAAGAAGAAGGCAUAGAAGUGGCUUGGAACCAAGUCAAACUGAGAUGUUUCUCCGACGACCCAGCCAUGGUCGAGAGGCUUUACUCGGAGGUCAGGUUGCUGAAGAGCCUGAAGAACAAUAACAUCAUCGCCUUGUACAAAGUGUGGAGAGACGAGAAAAACAACACCUUGAACUUCAUCACCGAGAUUUGUACCUCGGGGAAUUUGAGAGAGUACCGGAAGAAGCACAGACACGUCUCUAUGAGAGCUUUGAAGAAGUGGUCAAAGCAGAUACUCAAAGGCUUGGAUUAUCUCCACACACACGAGCCUUGCAUCAUCCACAGAGACCUCAACUGCAGCAAUGUUUUCGUCAAUGGAAACAUCGGCCAGGUCAAGAUUGGUGAUCUUGGUUUAGCUGCAAUCGUGGGGAAGAACCAUUUAGCUCAUUCGAUCCUCGGGACACCAGAGUUCAUGGCUCCUGAGCUAUACGAGGAGAAUUACACGGAGAUGGUUGACAUUUACUCGUACGGGAUGUGCGUUUUGGAGCUUGUUUCACUCGAGAUUCCAUACAGCGAGUGCGAUAGCGUCGCCAAGAUAUACAAAAGGGUGAGCAAUGGAGUCAAACCAGAGGCUCUGAACAAGGUGAAGGAUGUAGAAGCCAAGACCUUUAUUGAGAAGUGCAUUGCGGAACCCAAGGCUAGACCUUCUGCAGCUGAGCUUCUUCGUGACCCAUUCUUUGAUGGGAUAGUAGAUGAUGACGAACAAGAAGAAGAAGAAAACAAUGGAACUAGUCGUAUUGUUUCUUGAUGAUGAUGAGAUACAAUCACUAGUUAGUUUGUUUCUGUCUUAUGGUUUGAGUCUAUUGUUUACAUUUUGAGAGGCAUUGUUUCGUUUUCUUCCCUUUCAAUUCUUUUUCUUUUUUUGUUAUUUGUUUGUACAUAACUGUUGAUUCGACAUGGAAAUUACA